AAAAUUUUAUACUGCUUCACAUAUAUAUAAAUACAUGUUAUAAAAUAUAAAUAGUGAAAUAUUUGACGGCACUUAUUAUUUAUCCGGCGGUGCAUCGUCCCCAAACAAUCCGGUGUGAAUUGGGUCAAACCAAAAUCCGAAUCUCCCAGCUCCAUCAUCUCUUCGAUUCCGCCGGCGAUUUCAAUCACUCCUUAAGAAUUUUGAAGUAUGACAACUGCAGCUAGACCUACAUGGGCACCAGCUAAAGGAGGGAAUGAACAAGGUGGAACUAGAAUUUUUGGUCCAUCUCAGAAGUAUUCUUCAAGAGAUAUUGCAGCUCACACUACUUUAAAGCCUAGAAAGGAGGGACAGGAUACUCAGGAUGAGUUGCAUAGGAGAAAUCUCCGGGAAGAGUUGGAGGACCGUGAGCGAAGACAUUUUUCUUCAAAAGACAACGGCUACGUAUAUGUUGUUGCAGAGGACAGAGAUCGUAGAAAGAGUGGUCAACUGCUUUUAGAUGGUGCUAAAAGAGUGAUUGAAGACCGCAUUGUUCCACGCAGCGCUGAUGCUGAUGAUGAUGCAGACACCAAAAGUGACGAUGAGAGUGAGGAUGAUGACGACGAUGAUGAUGAAGAUGAUACAGAGGCUCUAUUGGCAGAGCUUGAACAGAUAAAAAAGGAGAAAGCAGAGGAGAAACUUCGAAAAGAACGACAAGAGCAAGAGGAGGAGCUUAAAGCAAAGGAAGCAGAAUUGUUGAAAGGAAACCCUCUUAUAAACCAGCCAACGUCUUUCAGUGUUAAGAGAAGGUGGGAUGAUGAUGUGGUCUUCAAGAAUCAGGCUCGCGGAGAACUGAAGGUAGCCAAGCGUUUCAUUAAUGACACCAUCCGGAAUGACUUUCACAGGAAGUUUCUCCACAAAUACAUGAAAUGAUAAUAGGAUUUUGAUGUGAAAAAAAAGCAAUCAACAAACAUCAAUGCCUUGUGAAUUGUUUUUGUUGUAGUUGUUUCUCAACACCCUGUCAUAUCAUUCAAGCAUUACUGUAAUAUUGUCAUUCCUAAACUAUAUAUGGAAAUACAUUUCUGUUCUUUAUUA